AUGGGCGAAGCAGAAUUGAAUAUGUCAUCUUGUGGUGAUCCUAGCAGGCAAACCUCAAUAUCUGACUCAACAACCGAUUUCGAGGACGAUGGCCAGAAAGGGUUCGAGUUCGCCCCUCAGCCUGCGGUGAAUCCAGCAACACAGAGCGCGCUUCAUCCGUCAAGUCCGAUCAUUUAUCAUUAUCUGACGUUCGAAACAUUGAUCCCCUCGCCUACGAGUAACGUUUCAUCCGACGGUUCUUCGGCAACAGCACCACCACGGCCAGAAUUGAAGAAGUACACUUCACCGUUCGACUGGCCAGAAAGUCGCAAACGAUUUACCGUCUUCCUUUCUUGUAUAGCCACUAUGCUCACAGCCUACACCGCGGGUGCAUAUUCACCAGCUGUCAAGCAAAUGUCCGAAUACUGGCAUGUUUCAGACAUUGCGAUCCUGGUUGGAAUCACCACUUUCUGCUUUGGGUUCGCUAUCGCUCCAAUGGCUCUGGCACCAUUUUCCGAGCUGAAUGGUCGGAAGCCAAUUUUCAUAGCUUCCGGGCUGCUAUUUUUUAUCACUCAAAUUUGCUGUGCUGUGACUCGCUCUUAUCCUGGCAUGCUUGUCGCCAGAUUCUUUGUUGGUUGUGGGAGUUCAGUAUUUUCAACAAUGGUUGGUGGAGUGAUUAGCGAUAUUCAUCACAAGGAGGGUCGAAACACAUCCAUGUCCUUAUUCUCAGGGGCAGCACUUUUCGGCACUGGCCUUGGCCCAUUAGUGAGUGGCUUUAUUGCGCAGAACACAUCAUGGCGGUGGGUAUUCUGGGUACAGGUUAUUACAAAUGGACUCCUGCUCAUUGCCAUAAUACUUUUCUUUCCAGAAACGAGAGGCAGCAUAUUACUGAGCCGGAAAGCAAAAUGUUUGAACAAGUGGUACGAAGAACGAGAGGAGGCUGGCUUCUUUGGCAUUGAUAUGCCAACGUCGGCAUCAGGUGAAAAAUAUGAGUCGCAGCGAAUCAGAUGGAAGGUGAAGUCAGACGAAGAAAGAGAAUCGCUCCUGCAAAUGAUUAAAAUCUCCGUCUACCGCCCUUUUCAUCUUCUAUUCACAGAGUCGGUAGUAUUCUUCUUCAGCUUGUGGGUUGCCUUUGCUUGGGCGGUGCUCUAUUUGACCUUUGGCUCAGUUCCCCUAGUGUUUGAGACUUCCCACGGGUUCAACCUUCAACAAUCCGGCGCUGUGUUUGCAGCUAUGUCGAUCGGAGCAACAAUAUCUACUUUCAUUUCUAUCUAUCAAGAGCAAUGGCUUGUUGCGUGUCUCAAAUGGUCGUCCAACAGCGUAAAAAGUCCAGGCAUAAUUCGAAGAAAAAUCGAUCUCUCGUCUCCCGAGGCAAGACUGUACUUUGCUUGUUUUCAAUCGGCUUUGCUGCCUAUUGGCCUUUUCUGGUUCGGCUGGACACAAUUCUCUUCAAUUCCUUGGAUAGUCCCAACUCUUGCCAUCGGCUGCGCGACUAUGGGAAUAUACUCGAUAUAUCUGGCAACUUUCAACUACCUCGCAGACACUUAUCACCGAUAUGCGUCAUCUGCUCUCGCGGCCCAGAGUUUCUGUCGGAAUGUUCUAGGCGGUAUAUUCCCUCUCAUUGCAACUAUCAUGUUCAACAAUAUUACAUUUCAAGGAGCAGCAUCUCUACUUGGUGGAAUUGGAGCACUAUUGACCAUCGUACCUUGGGUAUUGACCAUUUACGGACCGACCAUUCGCUUAAGAAGCAAGUUCGCAAGCGAAAUUAUGUAG